AGCGCGACACAACCGCAGCUUGUAGUGCACAGAGACAGGCUUAAAGCAGAGAGACAGCCGGCGAUACAUCCCCCGUGGGAAAACUUGGCUUCAACGACCCUGGGCUCAAGAUGAUGGCCACAGUGGAGCGAGAUCCAGCAGACUGGGAUCCAGAGGAUUCCCAAAGCGGGCAGAACCUUCUGGGUAAGAACCGCGGUGGUGGAAAGGCAGAAGGCGGGCGAGGUUCUCCACCUCCACCUGGCCCCAAGAUUAGCAUGUGUGGGCUGCUGUCGCUGCAGUACUACCAGCCGUACUUCGACGUGGACACGAGCGAAGUAAAGACAAAGCUACUGCAGGCGAUAUGGCCGAUGCGCAAGACGGCUUCGUUCCUUGGAGAGGGAGACUCCUCCAAAGUCGACCUGUACGGCCCGGUUUGGGUGCCCGCGACCCUGAUUUUCUUGCUCUCCGUCGCGGUAAACGCCCGACGAGCGAUGACGGAUGACGCCUCCUUGGGGGAGUUCGAUGACGUGUCGACGAGCGCUUACUCGGUGCUGGCCUACCUGGCCAUCGGUACCGGCGGGCUCUGGGCUUUCUUCCGGACGCACGGCGUGCCUCUAUCUUUGGCCGAGGCCCUCAGCGUAUACGGUUAUUCUCUCACCCCUUUCCUAGCGGCGGCCCCGCUCUGCCUGUUGUCCUGGCCGUUCCGAUCGUGCGGCCUCGCAGCGGCGAGUCUGGUGGCGGCGAUUUUCGUCCUCCGGAGCUCCUGGCCCCGGCUGCAAGAGCACAUGCCCGAGAAGUCUAUGGUGCUCCUCUUGACGGCGGUUGCCACCUACCACGUCUUGUGGUUCCUGUUGCUCACUGUUGUCUAAGGAACGGGGGUAGAUGAAGAACGAUCGGUAGUGUUGUUCGACGUUGCACGAAUUGUGACGGCCGUACCGUAAGCUAUAGAGGUGAAGGUUCAUCCCGGAGUAGACUAUUUACCGUGUGUUUGUUCUGGAGUUUACCCGUGCCGUGUGUUUCUUUUUAUGUUGUGUGUAUCUUUGUCAGGGUGAUGUUCCGAGGGCAGGCUUUUGCUGCCUACAAGUUGGGGGUAGUCUUCUGAAGUUACACAUGCGAAUUAUUUUAGUUUGAAGUAGUCAUGAUAGGUGCUGGGACAAAACAAACGUGCUUCGUUAUUCCGUUGUUCAAGCAGAUUUGAUGUUCAGUUUAAGUGUAGUGUACUGUACUUGUGUUUUGGUUUUCGCGACCUUGGCUUCAAAUACCCCACCAUUGUAUAUACGUAGAUGAUGAUGGGGUGUUGCUGACUGGCUUGCGCGCCCCAGCACUGACGACGUGUGCUACUUGACGUGCGGUAGGGCUGAAAUUUUUCGUCCAAAGGCAGGCACGUGUUUUUGCUGAGAUGGUGGUGGCGCGGAUGGAGAAGUCGUGGAGUGUUGUGCAAGCUUUGAGCAGGCGACACGAGGCAAUGGAAUGAGGAGUGGUCGAGUGCGUGUUUCUCUGGUCGAAAAGCAAGAAAAUAACGGCG